CUUGUAAUAGAAUACUCAUUUCAUCCCCUCAUCACUAACGUCCCCAAGAGUUGCACGUUCUCAAGGUUGAAAUUUAUUUACAGAAUGUUGAAGCAUGCUAUCAGAUGGACAGGAUUAAUGAGAUGUUAUAGUACACAGGUUGAUAAAGCCGCUCUCAGUAAAUUAAGGAAAAAGACAGGAAUUGCUUUCAUUAACUGCAAGAAAGCUUUAGUGAAGUUUGAUAAUAAUGUUGAACAGGCAGAGAAAUGGUUACAAGAAGAGGCAAAGAAGGAAGGAUGGGCAAAAGCAACAAAGUUACAGAACAGGAAAAUGGCUCAGGGACUUGUUGGUUUAAUUUAUGAUAAAAGUCAUGUGACUAUGGUAGAGGUUAAUUGUGAAACUGAUUUUGUAGCCAGAACAGACAAGUUUAAAACUUUUGUAACCCACCUAGCAACAGUUUGUCACCAACACAGCAAACAUAUCAACGACACAAAGUCCCUCCUUAUGAAAUCUGAAGUAGGUGGAGUAAAGUCAGGGACAGACAACAGCAGUUCAAUAGCAGACUUGGUUGCCAUGGAGAUAGGAAAUAUUGGAGAAAACAUGCAAUUAAGACGAGCCCUAUUUUAUAAAGCUACUAAUGAUUUACAAUUAGGAUCUUAUGUGUACGGUCCUGCAGGUAAACCACUGUGGAUAAAAAAUGUUCAAUUAGGAAAAUAUGCUGCUGUUGUUCAAUUUAGUCAAAUAAUAAAUGGUACAAAGGUCAUCCCAGGUCAUAGUCUUAGUCAGCAACUAGGUCAACAUAUUGUUGGCAUGAAUCCAAAAACAAUUGGUAACUAUGACGAUAUAGCUUUAGAGAGUAGUAAAGAUGAAGAGACUGAUGAAAAUGUGUCAAACAACAGCUCUGCAGAGAAAUAUGAAAACGAGGCUCAAGAUUCAAGAGAAGGAGAAAGUGAUGAUGAAAUUGAAAAUUUACCGAAAGAAAAAGAAAAAGAGGAAUCACGAUUCUUAUUUCAAGAGUAUUUAAUGGACCCUGAUACAAAAGUGUAUGAAAUUUUAACAGAGAACAAUAUGAAAGUAAUGGACUUUGUCAGGUUUGAAGUUGGUGAAGAACUUCCUGAAGAAUCAGAAGCAGAUGACAAAGUGUCUGCAUCUUCAUAAUGUUUAUUAUCACUGUUAAAUGUUGUUUAGAUCAAAGCUUCUGAUUUAGAAGAUGAAUAAGUGUCUUCAUCAUCAUCAUGUUUAUUUUCUUUGUUAAAUAAUGUUUAGAGCAAAGAUGUUCAUUGCUGUAGACAACUAAAAAAUACACUACAGUCAGUAGGUUUUAUUUAUUUUUAACUGUCAUGGUGAGAGAGGGUGCUUUGUGGGUUAAAUUUCUUCAUAGUACAAAUCAUUUGUCUACACUUAUUUUUAUUUGUAAUAAGAAAAAUUCUUAAUUUACCUAGGAAAUGGUCUUUAGCUUUUGAAUGCAAUGUUUUUAAACAAAAUCUAAGGUUCAAUUUUAGUUUGCCCAUGGUUGUCAAGAUCUACUUCAGUUUUUAAGAAGGUUAAAUUUUCUUGCAAAGAAGAAAGUGUUUUAUUUUAGGUAAAUAUUGGACGACUACCCAGUUUAAACAAAGAUCCAGCAAUUUUGAUAUUAACAGAAAUAUCGUGUACCAUUAUGCAUUGUCAUUUUUGACAUCUGAUCAUUUGUGUAAUUAAAAAAAAAUUAUCUGUA